AUGCAAAAAUCUGCCACUUCAGAAUUCAAUGAUACAAGUUUGGAAUUUAAAAGCCCAGAAUAUAAAAAUACAUCCAUGAUAAAUAACUCCUUGUCUGAAUCAAUUUUAUUAAACUCAUUUCCCCCAAAUUUACAAGCUACAAUAGAUAAAUCCACAUCACAACCAAGUUCUUGCAAAUUAAAUGAUGAAAUUACAGCUUCUGAAAAACAUAACGUGAAAAAUGUAUCUGUUAUAAAAACAAAACCUAAUGCAGAGGAUAAUACCAUAGGGAAACCUAAAAGUGAUUAUAUUAAGUGCCUUAUUGAAAAUAACGAGUUAGAUUUAUGCUUACAACUACUAAAUACUAUGAAAGUUAGUUAUGUGGAUUUAAUUUAUAGAUAUCACAUAAAUAAAGAGUUUUUAGAUGAUCUUUUUGGCGAAUUGAUUUUUCCUGUGCAAAAACUUCCGGAAAGGGUCUCAAAAAAUAUUCCUCCAAAAAUCAUAAAAAAGACAGAGUUAGGAAAAGAACAUGUUAUAGAGAAGGAUUAUGAUAUUGAAAAUUAUCCAAAUAGAAUAAAAAAUGAAAAUCUUGCACAAAAAAAUAGUAUAAAUCGCGGAAACGAUAUUAUUAAUAUAGAUCAGGAUAGAGGUAAUGACCAUGUUGACAACACUAACAUUACAAGUAACAUUAUAAAUGAUAAUAUUAAAAAUAAAGUCGAUCAUCUUCCUAAUAUUGUUCCAACCACCUUGUCAAGUAAUAAUGGUGAUUAUACAACCAAUAUGCAUAAAAAACGCAGAAAUGUUUUUUUUUCUAGACCAAAGUGGGCUGAUGACCUAAUUUUAAAGGUAUCUUCAAGUGAAGAAGAAACUGAUGGCGAAUAUGAGGAAGAAGAAAAUGUAGUGGAGGUAGCAAAGGAGGAUGAGGGAAAAAAGAAAGAAGAAUUAAAAACAUUUACACCGGAGGAUAAUCAGCGUUCGUCAUCAAUGAGUAUCACCAUGGAACUAAGUCGCAUAAUGAUGAGAUUCAAAGCUGAUUUUAUGAAAUUACAAGCAAAAAUUAACAAAGGAGAACUAGAUACAAGUGCGAUUAAUAAAGAAUUAUUUGAACAAAAAAAAAAAGAUUUUGUUAAUCAUACUACAAAGCUUUUCGAUAAUUUAAUUAUCAAAGUAGAUUCGGACAGGAAGAAUAAAUUGAAACUUGUAGAGGAAAUGUCCUUAAAAAAGGCUAAAACAACUUCUUUUACCACUGAUACUAGAGAAAACAACAAUUUAAAUGCUACUAGAGAAAGAUUGCAUGAUUUAAGAAAUAAUACAAAAGCAAAAGAUAUUUCGAAAGCGUACAUUACAAAUUUAAUUGACAAAAAUACUCAGAUGCAAAACAGUGGGAGACCUGUUCAUAAUGAAGGCUUAGACGGAAAUUUACAAGAUAAUGUGAAGGCUACAUAUGCAGCCAUGAAUAACGUUACUGGAAACACCAAAAACAGAGUUGCAAAAAUUGAGACUGGCAAAAAUGUCUAUAAUAAGCAGGUAAGGAAACUGAAAAUGAACAAAAAAGGCCUAAAUCUCUCUGCUGAAAAUAAUAAUACUGCUAGAUACACAGAUGAUAUACAAAUAGCGAGGGAAAACGUUAUUCAAAGUAACUUAACAUUGUCCAGUAAUCAAAAUAUUGAAAAUGCUAAUAAAGAUCUCAAUAUACUUAAUGCUACUCAAAAUAAAAAGUUGUCAAAGCCUCUAUUAUCUAAAUAUUCUUUUCCUACCCACAAUAUUCUUGCACCAGAUCUAAAUCAGGGCCCUGGAUCGAGACCAAAAGUAGUAUAUAAUGAUACUGAAGAUACAGCAAAAAAGGCUAACUUUAAUGAGUUGGUCAAUGAGACAAUCAUUGCUCAAGUCGAUUUUAAGAAUAAAGCGUCUGUAGAAAAUGCUUCAACUUUUAGUUACAACGGUAGCAAUGAUGCUGCUACUACUGCUGAUAACAAUAAUAGCGGUGGUAGUAGUAGUAGUAGUAGUAGUAGUAGUAGUAGUAGUAGUAGUAGUAAUAAUAAUAGUAAUAGCGAUAGUAGUAAAAAGUAUGAUGAAGACUUGGAUCAUAGCAUUAUAUGGAAAUACUCACCCAUCAACAGAAAAAAUGAUCCUUUAAAUUUUAUAUAUGAAAAGGAGCUUAAAGUAAUGCCAACCAAGACAAGAUCAUUAAAAAAUAAACAAAGUAUUAGUGCAUCCCAUAAUUUUACUAUCAAUUAUGAAGAAUUUGAUGAAAAGCCUAACAAAAAAAAGAUUCCCAUUGUUAACCAAAAGUACAGCAGUGUUUUAAAUUUGAAAAAUAUUUCCUCAUCACCUAAUAGUUCCUUUGAACGUGCUAGAAGAAAUUCACCAACAAGGAACAAGGGCAGUGUAUAUACAGAAAGGAAUAAUAUAAAUAUUAAUGAUUUUGAUAAGGAUAUAGAUGAUAUAAUAGACGAACUUCAAACUGAUAUGGGAAAUAGUACAAUAAAUGAACCACAAAAACUGGCAAUAAAUAAGAUCAACUCUUCUCCAGAAAAAAUAUUUACAUCACCCUUACAAAAUAGAACCUCAUCCCCCAAAAAAAAUAAAAAUGCCGACAUCACUACUUCCGUAGAUACCAUUGGGAUCACCAAAAAGACAAAUAAAGAAGAGUUAGAACAAGAGUUGCUGAGUAUAUUAGGCGAUGACAGCUGGUCACACGAAUAUAAUCUUACAACAAAUAAUUUGAAAAGCGAACCACUUCCAUCUAUUGAACCAUAUGUUCAAGAUGAAAGUAAUGAAAGCCAUUUAGCUGAUGGUUCUAACGAAGAUUCAUUAAUUGAUGAUAUAGAAAAUUUAUUGACCCAAAGAAAAUUGGAAACUAUUUACAAAAGAAACAAAACUUACCCGUUAAGUAAGACCGAAAAAGAAGAGCUAACUACAAUCAAACCUGAAUGGGUCGAGUUGGCUAAAUACAGUUCAAUUCCAGGGUAUACAGUUGAUAUCGAUUUUGAAACGGGUAAUAAUGGUAAGACAAACUUUAAAUGGUUCAGGAGAUUAGUUAUUGUGCAAAUUAAAAGCACUGUAGAUAUUAAAUUUCAAAAAUGUGUUGAGUUGAUGUGCAUUGAUAAUAAAACAAACGUAUUCACUGUGGAAGUCAACAAUUUUUGGUUGCUUGAUGGCAUUCAAUUCCAUAAGGGCAAUGUAAUCCAUAUCGUAAAGAUUGAGAAAGUUAAUGAAAACCAAUUGAGACAGCUAGAGGGACAAAGAAAAUUUGUUAUGGAUCGUGAUAAUGAUUUGUUGUUAAUUAUGAACCCGGAUAUUUUGUUAACAGCCACUAUUAUCGGUAGUUCAAUUGAAUGUAAUAGGAGAACAAUUAUAAAUGAAUUAUUUUCCUUGCCCGGGGAACCCAGCCUUACUAUGCUUUUGGGUAUUAUUGUUCAUGAAUUGUUCCAAAAAAUGUUACUUUAUGUAGAUGGGAAACCAAAUAACACAGAUAUAAAUAUGGAAACCAUAAACAAUGAUUUUUUAGAUGAAUUGUUAAUUAGUUAUCAGCGGAUGCUACUAUGUUGUGGUGUUGAGGACUUGCUUGAACUUAAAGAAGAAAUAAUGAAAAGAUAUGUCCCAUACAUCUUAGAGUUUAUAAAAAACUAUUAUAAUCAGGGAGGUUCCAUCAGAGUUACUGGAUCCAAUAUACAGGAUUACUUUCAUAUCUCAGAUGUCUUAGAAGUUGAAGAAAAGAUUUGGUCACCAGUAUUAGGUAUCAAGGGGGUUAUAGAUGUGACAUUACUGUGCAACUCUCCACUUCCAAUUCCCUUGGAAAUCAAAAGUGGGAAGUACGUUUCAAAUGCACAUGUUGCCCAGGGGUCAUUAUACACAUUACUGUUUAAGGAUCGAUAUGAAAAUGAGAACUGCAACCAAUUUCUUUUGUGUUAUGUGGAAGGUAAGACUAUUACUAGGCAUAUUGUUAACCUCAUGGAAUUGAAGCAUAUAUUUAAUAAUAGGAAUUUGAUUAGUCAAUAUUUGGAUCCCAAGAAAAAUCUCACCUUAAAUUUACCAUCUGUUUUAACAACUGGUUCAGAAAAGUGUGAAAAUUGCUAUUGUAAUAAAGAAUGCACAAUUUUAAGUAAAUUGGAAGAUUUUGAGAAAAAUACCAAAAAUUUUGAAAAUUUGCUGGUUACCAAGGAAUUUGCGAAUGAAAUGACCAAAAAUAUGAAGGACAAUGAAAUGCGUUUUUUCCACAAGUUUAACACUUUAAUUAAUAAGGAGGAGAGGAGUAUCAAUCGUAUGAACCAGGAAAUGUUUUUAUUAGAUGGUAAUGAAAAAAAGGUAAAAAGGGGUACUUGUUUAAAUGGGUUGACCAUUAUUAAAAAUGAGUAUUUAAGUAAAUUACAGGCGUAUAAGUUAAGACUACACUAUAACUCAAAAUUGCAAGAUGGAAAAAUUAAUUUAAAGUUAAGCAAAGGUGAUCAUGUAAUACUAAGUGAUGAAAUGGGGCAUUUCUAUUUAUGUAAUGGGACAUUGUUUGAUAUUAUUGAUACAGAACGAGAUAUUAUUUUAAUGACCAAUACGAAUAUGAGUAAAUUACAGAGCAGGUUGCCUACACAUGUCCGACCAGUGACUUAUAGGGUCGAUAAAAAUGAGAUAGGCAUUGGAUUAUCGUUGGCCAGAUUUAAUCUAUUGAAUUUGUUUUCUAAUAAUUUACUUAAACUAAAAGAUAUUGUGAUUAAUUCGUCUAUGCCUACUUUUAAUAAUGCUUCUAAAAUAAGUUUUGCAAAUAUAAACUGGGACAAAUUUAAUGCGGACCAACAGCUGGCUAUAAAAGCGAGCUUAUCAUGUGAUUUGUAUUCUUUGAUAUUGGGGAUGCCUGGUACUGGAAAAACGACGGUUAUAUGUGAAUUAAUAAAAACAUUAAUAUUUGAGAAUAAGAAAAGAGUAUUAUUAAGUUCAUAUACACAUUCUGCUGUAGAUAAUAUUUUGAUCAAAUUUAUGAAAGAUUAUGGCUCGUUGAUUGAAGAUAUGAGUAUAUUGAGAUUAGGAAGUUUAAAUAAAUUACACGUCGAAACCAAAAAAUUUUCACCUCACAAUAAAAAGUUUAAAAAUCUGCAAGAGUUGGAAAGUGCAUAUUUUGAAAGUAAUGUUGUGGCUGUAACAUCUUUGGGGAUUCAAGAUUGGAGCCUUUCCAAGUCUGUUGUGGGAGAGGAAGAAAAUGGCAGGGGUUUUUUAUUUGAUUAUUGUAUAUUGGAUGAAGCUAGUCAAUUAUCUUUGCCUAUUGCCAUUGGUCCUUUGCAACUUGCAGAGAAAUUUAUUUUAGUCGGGGAUCACUAUCAAUUGCCACCCUUAAUAAAAGACGAAGAGGCGAAAAGAGAGGGGUUGGAAAUGAGCUUGUUUAAAGCCUUGUACGAUAAACAUCCUUCUAGCUGUAAAAUGUUGACAUAUCAAUAUAGGAUGAACGAAGAUAUUAUGAAAUUAUCUAACACGUUGAUUUACAGUGGGAAAUUGAAAUGUGGGAAUUCGGUUAAUAAAAACCGAAAAUUAGACGAAUUACCUAAAUGUGGAGUUAGCUGGAUUGAUGAUUGGAUAUUGGAUAAUGAGAGGAAAGUUGUUUUCAUAAAUUAUGACUUGGUAACACUAAAUUUAUUUCAUGAAAUUGUUGUAGGAGAUGAUAUUAAAAAUAGGGGUGAAAGUUUGUUAAUUAAAGAGAUUGUAUCAAGACUAAAUAGUAACGAUAACUCAUUGGAUUUGAAGGACAUAGGAUUAAUGAGUUUAUAUAGAGGUCAAUUAAAGCUGUUGAAACAUGAGUUCCAGGAGGAAAGGUACCGAAAUUUAGAAAUAUUAACAGCGGAUCAAUAUCAGGGUAGAGACAAGGAAUGUGUUAUUAUCAGUAUGGUAAGAAAUAAUGUGGAGUUAAACCCAGGAAAAUUACUAGCGGAUUGGGAAAGAAUCAAUGUGGCGAUUACGAGAGCAAAAAGCAAGUUAAUCAUAAUUGGAUCUAUCAAAACUUUAAAUCGAAUUAAGACAAUGAGAUCUGUAAUCGAGUUAUUACAAGAUGAAUCUUGGGUUUAUGAUUUGAGAGACCAAGAUUUAGCAGACACAAAUUCUUAUUGGGCACAAAGUUAUUGUUGUGAUGGUGCAAAUGUUGGAACUGUAGAUACCAAAAAAAGGAAAAGAGACAAAUCCAAACCACUAGUGGUGGCUAAUAACAAAAUUGGUAAGGAUUCUAAGUUUGUGAAAAAUAAACCGAUUAUAAAGGACAUUUUGAGUGAGUAUAAUUAA